AUGGUUUCGCCGUCGAGACUUGAAGACAUUCGCGUAGUCGCUGUCAAGGCAAUAGACCCAACAGAUCAGAUCAUCAAGCUCUUUUGCGGCAUAGGCAAGAAAGCCAAAGACACCAAGACUGUGACUGUUCAUCAAGGCGUGCUAUGCAGCGGCUCUUCCGGGUUCUUCAAAAACGCCAUGAAGCCCGAAUGGAUGGCUCAGCGAGAUGAUCCGUACACUAUUAAUCUAGUCGAUGAUCCUUUGGAAGCCGUCAAACUAUACGUCAACUUUCUGUACUUCAAGACGCUCCCGACGCCCGACCUACCUCAUAAGGACGAAAAAAGGAGCGAAGUCACACUGAGGAAAAUUCAAGGCUACUUGAGUGUGUUAGCACGUGCUUAUGUCUUCGGAGAGAAGAUCCUGGAUAUAAAGUUUAAGAAUGUAGUGAUCCAGAGUUUUCAGACGAUAACUAGAGACUACAAGGUGCUGCCAAUGAAAGGCUUCGCUUCGCUGAUCUAUGGAGGGACUCCUGCCGGCUCUCCUGCAAGACGCCUAUUUGUCGACUAUGUGGCUUAUUGCGCGUGCUCAGAUGGGAAGGGUGCCUGGCACGACGUCAUUGAAACGCUUCCAUCGGAGAUGUUGGUCGACGUCACGAAGCGUAUGAUAGAAGUGCGACCAACGCUGGCGAGACAUUGCUCUGGAAACUACAAUGAGGAGGAAACGGACUGAGUGGUCAGUUUGAGUCAUCGAGGAGAACAUGGAUCUGGUCGCGCGAGUACGGUCAAGUGAAAC